AAGCUAACAAAGCUUCCAACAACGAAAUAGCUCACAUAAACUGCGUCAAAACACACAAUGUUCGGGUAUACACUCGAUAUAUUAAAUCAUACUAGUUUGUCAGGAUACAACUGUAUUACAAACGACUGAGUAAAAUCUUCGUAAUGUUUAUUAAUGUUCACCGGAUGUUUCUAGUUAAAACAUAACGGUGAUACGCUGUGACAGAUUCAUCAAGAUGACGUGCUCAUCAGCCCCUAAACUGGCUUAUGGCUCGGCAGAACAAUCAUCAUCUACGUUUGUGAACUACACGUGUAAUGCAGGUUACGCCAUGCAAGGGAGUCCCUACAUCGAGUGCUUGAAUGGAGUAUGGGAUAUGACUGACUAUCCAAUUUGUCUUCCUUCCUUGGAACAGUACUCAAACGCAUCUAUGUCAUAUCACGCAGACUCAAACACAACGACCGAUACGUCAGCAGAAUUCUCUACGUGGUUUGUGUAUGGAAUAAUGGGUUCUGGUGGUUGUCUAGCCCUGGCCCUAGCGGCCUUUUGUCUGUUGGCGUGCUGCCAUAUAUGUGGAUGUUGCCCUGGUCCUGUCGUUGCUAUUGGUGGUAGAUACCAGUACUCCGACAGGAGAUGGUACUCAGUGUUUUCCUGGUGUGACUUCCUAGUGAAAGGCAAAGUCUGCAGAAAAUUACGCAACAUGAAUAAAAGUAAAACGAUAGGACCUGCAUCUGACAUUCUGGAUGUUGAAGACGAAACGAAUGAACUUGAAAAAGAAAAGGAUGAUCAGCCUCAAGGUGACGCAGAUUCAGACAGUUAUGCAGAAAAGGAAAGAGACGUUUCUUCUUCAACAUCGGGAUAUGCAUCAUCAUCACCGUCAUGUUCACCACUUCCAGACGAUACAGUUGUUAUCAACAUUGAAGACGACGUCGACGACUCCAAAACAACUAAUGGCAAAACUAAACAAUCACAAAGGGACAGUGAGCCCUUACUUGCAGCUAAAAAACGUGUGGCUACGGAGGCUCAACGUGCUAAACCCAAAACUAAACAAUCUCCUACCAAUGACAAUGCAGAACUCCCUAACAAUGAGGAACCUGACUCCAAAGCAGCGUCAACUGAUAAACCCAGCACGAAUAAAACUGUGAAGCCAAAAACAAAACAAAUCAAAAAAUCAAAAAAGUGACGUAAUUACGGAGGCCAAAUUUCAUGUCUCUGUCAAUGAUAGCAAACAUAAUAGCAAUAACUUAUUUUAAUCAUAUUAAAAUAUGAUCAGAUCGAACCCUUUAUCAAUGGGAUCUCAACUUUCGGUAACACAUUUCCGGGACGAAAUGGUAAAAGAUAUCUAAAGUUACUGUAAGAAGAUGAGAGUGCAUACCAAAUGUUACGUUAUUAUUUUGUGAACCGUCGUAGUGUAUUGAUUUUCACAUACCAUGUACUGCUUCACAUUGCU